AGAGCAGAUCACGGGUUUCUCUCCUCCUCGGACCCCCGCAGCUUCUCCGCUCCCUCGGUGCGCUUUUCUUUCGAAUUUCCCCCGUCAUCCCGUGUCACAUCCGGUUCAGCACCGCCGCUUGGCCCCGCUUGUCAAAUUUCCUGCCCACACCUACUCCCUCUCGUAUUAACCAGCCAAGUUUGUCCUAGUGAUGAAGUAAUAUUUACGGCGCUUUCCCCGUUCAUCCCUGUUCAUUCGCGAUCGGGUCCAGAGAGGAGGCGAGGAAGCUGAGAUGAGCUAAGAAAAAACAAUGCAAAGCCAAAACCAUCCCAAUCUCAUCUUCACCUCAUUCUGCCGCUGAAUUAAAACGCGUUGGGUUAAGAUCCGUUCAAGAGGAAGCAUCGAGCCGGACAGCUGCACGGGAGAAACAGCCUUGCAUGUGAUUUUUUGUAUUCCCGGAUCAGGUGGCAUCGGCGGCGGAAGAUGCAGCCUGCAAACAAGCUCCUGAGUCUCACCCUCCUGGUGCUGAUGGGUACCGAACUCACCCAAGUGCUGCCUGCGAACCCUGAGGAGUCGUGGCAGGUGUACAGCUCAGCGCAGGACAGCGAGGGCAGGUGUGUGUGCACGGUUGUGGCUCCUCAGCAGACCAUGUGCUCACGGGACGCCAGGACCAAGCAACUGAGACAGCUUCUGGAAAAAGUCCAGAAUAUGACUCAGUCCAUCCAGAAUCUUGACCAGAGGACUCAGAAAGACCUGCAGUAUGUGCAAAGAAUGGAGGUGCAGCUCAGAGGACUGGAAACCAAGUUCAAACAGGUGGAAGAAAGCCACAAGCAGAAUAUCGCCAAGCAAUAUAAGGCCAUAAAAGCGAAAAUGGAGGAACUUAGGCCAAUGAUACCAGUGUUGGAGGAAUACAAGGCCGAUGCAAAAUUGGUAAUGCAGUUUAAAGAGGAGGUCAAGAAUCUGACGUCAGUGCUAAGUGAGCUGCAGGAGGAGAUCGGGGCCUUUGACUACGAGGAGCUCCACAACAGGGUGUCUAAUCUUGAGGAGAGGCUUCGUGCGUGCAUGCAAAAAUUAGCCUGUGGGAAGCUGACUGGAAUAAGUGACGCCAUCACCAUAAAGACGUCCGGAUCGAGAUAUGGAUCGUGGAUGACGGAUCCGCUCGCCCCUGAUGGCGAUACGAGGGUGUGGUACAUGGACGGCUACCACAACAAUCGCUUCGUCCGCGAAUACAAGUCCAUGGCCGACUUCAUGUAUUCCGACAACUUCACCUCACACCGGCUUCCUCACCCCUGGUCGGGCACGGGACAGGUGGUCUACAACGGCUCCAUCUACUUCAACAAGUUCCAAAGCAACACUAUCAUCAAAUUCGACUUCAAGACCGCCACCAUCAGCAAAUCUGGCCAGCUGGAUUACGCUGGAUUCAACAACCGAUACCACUAUUCCUGGGGCGGCCACUCCGACAUCGACCUCAUGGUGGACGAAGGUGGGCUUUGGGCCAUUUACGCCACCAAUCAAAACGCAGGGAACAUUGUGAUCAGCAAACUCAACCCGGCCACCCUGCAAAUCGUCAAAAGCUACACCACCAACCACCCAAAGAGGAGCGCGGGUGAGGCUUUUAUGAUCUGCGGGACGCUUUAUGUCACCAACGGCUACUCAGGAGGGACAAAAGUCUACUACGCAUUCCACACCAACUCCUCCACUUACGAAUACAUCGACAUCCCGUUACAGAACAAGUACUCGCAUAUCUCCAUGCUGGAUUACAACCCACGGGACAGAGCUCUUUACGCGUGGAAUAACGGACAUCAGGUGCUGUAUAACGUCACCUUGUUCCACGUCAUUCGCUCGGAGGAACUCUAAAGUGACUUUCUCUAUCCGUCCGAGGUAGCAUCGAUGGAGUUUAUUACCGGAAAAUAGAGUAAUGCCUGAUUGAUUGUUCAAUAAAAGAAGACGUACAAAUGUAUCAAAAGUAAUAGUUCGAGGCAACGUUACGAAUAGCUGCCAACAAGGUCUUUUUCUUGUCUUUUUUUAAGCUUUCCUUAGAUGAUUCUGUUUGAAUUCCUCACUGCAAAAACGUUUCGGUUAUUAGUGUUUUAGUCACAUUGCAUAGUAGAAAUGUUGUAAAACAGUAUCGGUUUAUUUGAGAAGAUCUUGUAUCUUAUUUUAAGCACUUUUUAUAUAUUUCUGACAGAUCUCUUCUAAAAACAACAACCCAGGCUCAUUCUGAAAACUUACCGCUAUAUACAUACUGGAGAGCGCCAAAUGCAUCUCAGGAGGUACGCUUUUUUGCAGUUUUUAUUUUGGUGAAUCCACAAGAGGCCGCUGUUUAUGCUUUUUCAGAUCUCAAAUUUCUCUUGUGAAUGCCAUUAGCGCCUGAUGUUCUUAAAUAAAUCCACCAGAGGCCGCUGUUGACUGACUGACUGACUGACUGACAAACACUCCUCCUUUCCUAAACCCAACCGAUAGUGUUGUCAUCAUAGUCAACCCCAUCGUCAUGGUUAACUCCUCUCUGCGUCUCAAGUCUGCCAACAUACAUGGCGAGCUACUGGACAAACUGGUAACAAUGGGAAAGCUGUUUAUUUGGAAGUAAGAAACUAAAAAAUACUAUAGUAAUUUAUAGUAAAUACUAGUGUUUUUGAACCAUACUAUAGUAAAUUACUUUAGUAAAGUACAAAUUACCCAAUGCUGUACAUAGUUUUCUACAACUAUAUGAAUUCUACCAUAGUUAAAAUAAAGUAUACUACAGUAUUUAUUGCAAUUUCUUCGUUCACUACAGUUAAUACUUUGCAUGCUGUAGCAUUAAUUAAUAAAGGGUUGUAAACACUUUAAUAUAAACGGUAUUCAUUCAUUCAUUUUCCUUCAACUUCAGGUCGCAACAGCGGAAAGAACCACCAUCUAUUUUCGGCAUAUGUUUCAUACAGCGGAAUUUCUAUAAAUUUCUAUAGUAUUUUUUCAUGUGUGAAAUUAACCAGCAAAGUUAUCAUAACUAUGGUUUAUUUUUGACUAAACGUGACGUGCGUUCUCAAAUGUUCAACUUAUCAGUGAUUCCAAUUUUACAAAACCGGUAUCCGAUUAUAAAAUUUACAAAUAAAAAUGAUUAUUGGUCAGUCAGUGCAUUUUGGUCAUCAAAUUACACAACAUAUCGUUUUGAGGACAUGAAAACGCAAGUUUUUUGAAAACCCGUUUUCGAGUUUUAUGUAAACAAUAGCAAUAUUUUCUCUGUGUGAAAUACAAAAAUGGAAAUUCAUUCAGUCUAGGCAUGCAAAAGUAUUUGACAAUCGAAACAACAGAUUUGGCUAAUACCUUUCUUUACAAAAUGGCAUCGCCCCCUACUGGCCUGUCAUGCGUCAUUUUGCCUUUUUUAGAGAUUUGCAUAAAUAGGCAUUGUUUUGCAUUGCAUAACAUUUUGUGAACGCGAUAUCAGUUUUUCGAACAUUCUCGUCAUCUUAAAGUACUCUAGAAAUAGUAAUCCUUACUUUAUUUGUAACUUUUCCAGUAUGUUGACAUAUUUUUACUGCAGGCUCAUAGUAUUUCUUUACAGUGACAUCGCCCCCUACUGGCCUGGCAUGUAUGAUUUUGAGUCUUUUUCAUUGAUCUUAUUAAAUGGACUUGGUUUUGUUAACAUUUUACAAACACAACAUCGCCACCUAUUGGCCUGGCAAACAUAAUUUAGUUUUUUUCUUAGAUUUCCAUAAAUAGACUUUUGCGGUUUUGCGAUCAUUUUGCGAUCACAACGUCUGUUUUUCAUACAUUGUUGUCAUCUUAACGUGCCAUAGAAAUAAUAAUCAUUACUUCAUUUUUUUUCCAGUAUGAUUAGAUAUUUUUACUGCAGGCUAAUAGUAUUUCUUUACAAAUUGACAUCGCCCUCUACAGGCCUGGCAUGCAUCAUUUAGUAUUUUUCAUAGAUCUGUUUAAAUUGACACUGUUUUGCGAACAUUUUGUGAACACAACAUCUAUUUUUCAUACAUCGCUGUCAUCUAAACGUAUUCUAGAAAUAGUAAUCCUUACAUUAUUUGCAACUUUUCCAGUAUGUGUAGAUAUUUUUACUGAAGGCUCAUAGUAUUUCUUUAUUAAGUGACAUCGCCACCUACUAACCUGGCCUGCAUCAUUUUUAAUUCAUCUGCAUAAAUGAACAUGGUUUUGCGAACAUUUUGCAAACACGACAUCGGUUUUUCAUACAUUGCUGUCAUCUAAACGAACUAUAAAAUAGUUAUCCUUAUUUUAUUUGCAAAUUUUCAGUAUGUGUAGAUAUUUUUGCUGAAGGCUAAUAGCAUUUCUAUACUAAAGGCCACCUACUGGCCUGGCAUGCAUCAUUUAUUUAUUCUUUUUCAUUUAUCUGCGUAAAUGGACAUGGUUUUGCUAACAUUUUCCAAAUAAGACAUCUAUUUUUCAUACAAAGUGACAUCGCCCCCUACCGGCCUGGCAUGCAUAUUUUUUGUCUUUUUCAUUGAUCUGCGUAAAUGGACAUUGUUUUGCGAACAUUUUACGAACACAACAUCCAUUUUUCAUGCAUCGUUGCCAUCUAAACAUACUCUAGAAAUAGUCCUACUUACAUUAUUUGCAACUUUUCCAGUAUAUUUAGAUAUUUUUACUGCAGGCUCAUAGCAUUUAUUUACAAGUGCCAUCGCCACCUACCGGCAUGCAUCAUUUUUAGAGUUUUUCAUUGAUCUGCUAAAAUAGACAUUCUUUUGCGACAUUUUGCGAUGACAACAUCUAUUUUUUGUACAUCCUCAUCAUCUAAACGCACUCUAGAAAUAGUAAUCCUAACUUCAUUUGCAACUUUUCCAGUAUGUUUAGAUAUUUUUACUGCAGGCUCAUAGCAUUUUUUUACAAAGUGACAUCGCCACCUACUGGCGUGCAUCAUUUUUAGAGUUUUUCAUUGAUCUGCUAAAAUAGACAUUGUUUUGCGAACAUUUCGCGAUGACAACAUCUGUUUUUUGUACAUCUUCAUCAUCUAAACGUACUCUAGAAAUAGUAAUCCUAACUUCAUUUGCAACUUUUCCAGUAUAUUUAGAUAUUUUUACUGCAGGCUCAUAGCAUUUCUUUACAAAGUGACAUCGCCACCUACUGGCGUGCAUCAUUUUUAGUGUAUUUCAUUCAUCUGCUUAAAUGGACAUUGUUUUGCAAACAUUUCGCAAUGACAACAUGUAUUUUUCGUACAUCCUUGUCAUCUAAACGUACGUACAUUUUUACUGCAGGCUCUUAGUAUUUCUUUACAAAGUGACGUCGCCCCCUACUGGCCUGGCAUGCAUCAUUUUGUCUUUUUCAUAGAAUUGUGUAAAGUGACAAUGUUUUACGAACAUUUUGCGAACACAGCAUUUCUUUUUAAUACAACGUCUAAAUGUGUACACUAGCAAUAGUAAUAUUUACUUUACUUGCAACUUUUCCAGUAUGUUUAAAUAUUUUUACUGCUGACGAAUUCCCUAAUCAAUCGAAUCGUUUUUGCAGUGUUCUUAUCAAUACUUGUACAGCUUUCCGAAAACGAUUCCGUUACAUAAUAAUGAGCAAGGAAGAUAUCUUUUGGUUCGUCCUUUGUAUUGAGAGCAAUCAAACCAUCAGCUAAACAAGCGAAGGCACUGACUGUUGAAGGCCCUCUGUGUUUUGUUGUGACUGUAUGUAGAUCAAAGAUUUGCAUGACCAUUUUUAGCACAAGGAUUGUAUGAUUUUAUUUUGUUUUGCGCAGUAAAAUGACAAAUUGUAUAUGUGAACAAGAAAUUAGAUUAGCGAUUGGUUUUGCUAUUCUUCCUGCCAUGCUUUAUUUUUUGCUGUAUUUCUUUUGCGAUCUGUUUCUUUUACAUUUGUGUUCAUAAAGUGACUAUUUAAUUGUAGGAUGGACUGUAAGGAGAGAAGUGUAUCUAUUUAAAUAUAAAGUUGUCAGCAAAAAAAAAAAAGGUAUCUAAAGACAAUGUGAAAAUAAUGUAUUAUUCUUUGACUGUAUUUCAAAGACAGAUCUGUGUGUCAGCUGUCUUAGUUAGAAGAAAUCGAUGGCGUCAUCUAAAACUGUUACGCUUGCAUCUGUGUUGUACUUGCAAUGUGAUUCAUAUCAAUAAAGCCAGUCUUUAUUUUACACCU